AUGCAGAAGGCGUUUAAUAUUAUGAAUCUUAGUGCGGAUGAUGAUACAACUGUUGAGAUUGUAGAAAAUAACCUGGAUAACAUUGUACAUCAACUAACCCCGAUUCUCGUGGUGGGGUAUAAAAAGAAGCACAAACCCAAAACCCUAGCUUUGCUUCCCAACCGGCCUCAGAUCUUCGCAGAUCAAAGGGUUCGAAAGGCGAUGGCUCCAAAACAGCCAAACACUGGCAUUUUUGUUGGACUGAACAAAGGACAUGUUGUCACCAAGAAGGAAUUGGCUCCUCGUCCAUCAGAUAGGAAAGGCAAAACUAGCAAACGAAUCCACUUGGUGAGGAACCUGAUCAGGGAAGUUGCUGGGUUUGCGCCAUAUGAGAAGAGGAUUACUGAACUUCUUAAAGUUGGGAAGGACAAGCGUGCAUUGAAAGUAGCGAAGAGAAAACUGGGCACUCACAAGAGGGCAAAGAAGAAGAGAGAAGAGAUGUCUAAUGUUCUUCGCAAGAUGAGAUCUGGUGGAGGUGGUGAGAAGAAGAAGUGAAGAAUGCUCUUUCUAGCUGCUUUAAUCUUGAUUUCAUUAGCUAAAAAUGUUUGUUUUGCCUUAUCGUGUUUCUUUUGGAGAAAUGUUUAUGAUCAGAAACUAGUUUUGUUUUGAGGGGGAAAAACUACAGCCGAUUAUGAUUUCCUGUUUCUUACUUUUAUAAUGUGGGAUAGUAUAGGCAUAUGAUAUGUAACUCAUCUGUUCUAGUCCGAGCAAAAUGAUUGUUUCAUAGAAUGCUUUUGUAUCCAAGCUGUUGUGUCACUUCUUGUACGGACGAUUCUUCUUGACUUAAUCACUGAAAGCAAAGAUGUGUAAACAUGCAUGUUACGCUACGCGUGGUAGCGAAGCUUUUUUAAAUGUGAAUUGUGCAGCCUUGGUCUUCAACUGUGGCUAUAGGAAAGAGAUGGUUUGCUGGAAG